AUGGCGCCUAUAUUGCUACACGGAUACAUCUCUUCGUGUUUCUCUUUGAUUUUCGGUCUAUGGAGUAUCGCGUCAGGACAAUUAGUGUACACCGUGUCGGAGGAGACAAGCGCUGGAUUUACAGUUGGAAACCUAGCAAAGGAUUUGAACCUAAAUGUGCAAGAUCUUGUGCGCCGAGGAUUUCAGAUAGUGGAUGGACCCAACAAGAGGUACUUCGAAUUAAAUGGAAGAACGGGAAAUAUACAGGUUCGGGAGAGAAUAGACAGAGAAGAACUAUGCGGACGUAACUCGAAAUGCUCUUUGGAAUUGGAGGCCAUAGCGAAGUCGCCCCUGAAUAUGUAUCGAUUUGAAGUAAAUGUUUUAGACGUAAACGAUAAUGCACCAACAUUUCGCUCAUCUAUGAGUCAGGUAAACAUUUCAGAAUCGGCUUUUCCAGGUGAGAGGUUUUCUUUACCAAUAGCAUACGAUGCGGAUGUAGGUAGUAACUCGGUGAAAAGCUAUAAGCUGAGCUCGAAUGAAUAUUUCUCCAUCGAUGUACAUAGCGGAGGUGAAACUGUGUCUGCUGAGUUAGUGUUACAAAAGCCAUUAGAUAGAGAGAGACUGGCUUUGAUUCAAUUAGUUCUCACGGCUUUAGAUGGUGGAAAGCCUCCAAGAUCCGGAACAGCUAAAAUUGUAGUUAACGUUAUAGAUGUGAAUGACAACAUUCCCAUUUUCAGUAAACCGCUAUACAAAGCACAAAUUUCCGAGAAUGUUCCGGCCGGUACAUCUGUCAUAACUGUGCAAGCUAAUGACUUAGACGAAGGCAUUAAUAGUGAAAUCGUGUACUCAAUUGUAAACCAAGACAGUUCGGAUAAACUAAAUGCUUUUACUAUUAACUCAAUUUCGGGCGAAAUCACAGUAACCGGAGAGUUAGAUCAUGAAGCCAGUGCUGCAACAGAGAUUCGUGUGAAGGCAACUGAUAGAGGACAUAAUCCACGUUCUGCAUUUUGUAAAGUGCUUGUUGAAGUCCUGGAUAUAAAUGACAAUGUCCCUGAAAUAUCCGUGACAUCGUUAGAAGAUGUAAUUCAGGAGGAUUCUCCUGUGGGCACAAUGGUUGGAUUGAUAACCGUAAAAGAUGGCGAUGCUGGAAAAAAUGGUGCUGUGAAUCUAAAAAUAAUGGGCUCAGUCCCUUUUAAAAUUGAAAAUACAUACAAAAAUAAAUACUCCUUAAUGGUUGACGGGCCACUGGAUAGAGAAAAGACACCUGAUUAUAAUGUCACAAUCAGAGCAACAGACGAGGGCACCCCUCCUCUGUCCAGCACCAGCGUUGUCACUGUUCGUGUUUCUGAUGUGAAUGAUAACGCGCCGCAGUUUCCAGAUCCCAUCAUAAAUGUUUAUGUGAAAGAGAACAGUCCGGUUGGCUCUGUACUUCACACCGUAUCAGCUCUUGAUCCAGAUGUAGGAAAUAAUGCAAAUAUUGUAUAUUCAUUGGUUGAUAAUUCAUUUAAAAGCACAGCCCCUGCAGUUAAUAUUAACUCCGUUACUGGAGAUAUACAUGCUCUCCAGUCAUUUAAUUUUGAGGAAACCAAAAGUUUUCAGUUUCAAGUUCAGGCGACUGAUUCUGGUGUCCCUCCUCAAAAGGGCAACGCCACUGUUAACGUUUUUAUUUUAGAUGAGAAUGACAACACUCCAGCCAUUCUUCCUCCUUAUUCAGAGCAUGGCUCCAUUAAUAGUGAGAACAUUCCUUAUACGGCCGAAGCAUUGUACUUUGUGGCCAAGAUCAGGGCUGUAGACGCAGAUUCUGGAUAUAAUGCGUUGCUUUCUUACCACAUCUCUGAGCCCAAAGGAAACAACCUUUUCCGAAUCGGAACCAGCAACGGAGAGAUCAGGACUAAGAGGCGGAUGAGUGAUAAUGAUCUGAAAACGCAUCCACUAGUGAUUGUGGUUUCUGAUAACGGAGAGCCUGCAUUGUCAGCUACUGUUUCUAUCGACGUUGUUGUUGGAGAAAGCACUGGUGAACUUCAAACUACAUUUAGGCAUAGUCCUGUUAAGGAUGACACCUUUUCGGAUUUAAACUUUUAUUUGCUCAUCGCUAUUGUCUCAGUAUCGGUGAUUUUUCUGCUUAGCCUCAUCAGCUUGAUAGCUGUGAAAUGCCACAGGACAGACAACAGUUUCAGUGGAUACAACCCCCCAAUGAUAACCACACAUCCUGACGGAACCUGGUCUUACUCCAAAUCUACACAGCAGUAUGACGUAUGUUUUAGCUCAGACACGUUGAAGAGUGACGUAGUGGUUUUCCCCACACCAUUUCCGCCUGCCGAUGCGGAGCUCAUCAGUAUUAAUGGAGGGGACUCUUUAAGCCGAACACACACACUCCCCAGCAGAGAAAAGGUAAGAUCAUUGUUGGGAGUGCACUUGUCACCUGAUGAUUGA